UUCUAGUUUUCAUUCAUUAAUGACGAGACAUACUGCAUAUUUUUGUCAAAUGUUACCAAAUGUAGUGAAUUUGUAAAAAAUAAUACUGUAAAAUACCUUAUAGUGAUCGUAAUUAGUCAUUAGUAUCUUUUUUUACCUGAAACAAGUUAAAAUCUUAUGAUUACAAAACAAAAUGAUACAAGGAAUUGUGUAGGUUGGACGAUGAAAUUGUCCGAGGAUAAAUCCGUAUUUGUAUGCGGAAUAAACUUAAAUGUGGAGUGCAAUAUCAAAAAUAUUUACCAAAAACUUUAGUACGAACAACGUGCAAGACGAAGAAGAUCUAUCAGAUGAAAUGGACCGAGGGGCAAAGAGAAAAACAGACAUGGAUAUCACAUUUGUUACAAGGCUGGCAAAACAAAAAGCAUCGAUUAAAUGGCUCCUUUCCAAAGCAUUCAACAACAAAAUACCUGAAAAUUUGAAAGAACCUUUUUACCGGGAUCAUGAGAAUCAAGAACAUUUGAAACCACAAAUAGUCGGGGGCCUGGCAAAUGCCGAAAUAUACUGCUUGGCCCUCGGCAAUAUCUAUUCAGAUCCGAAUUAUCAUAAUCUGAAUCAUUGGGCAAUUCUACAAACUUUAAGCAGAAAAAGUGUUUAUCACAACGAGGAUGCGCAGCUUACAGAGACAACGUUAAUUCAAACUAAUCCACUUCGUAUGUCUGCACAUAUGGCUGUUAUAGAAAUGAUAAUGAAUUUAUACACGAAGGAAGUUGUAUCGGCAGAUAGGGUUCUUUCUGCAAUAUAUAGAUUUAAUCAUGGGAAAGGACCUGCGCCUAAUAUUCCAGAUAAUGUAGUGGAUCAGCUCUUACAGUGGGUAACACAUGCCUGUGACGCGAUGCGGAUGAGGAUAGAAGAAGAAAUAGGCGAAGAACAAAAUGGAGGAGACGGUGACCGCUUGAAAGUACCAGAGUUUUCGCCAUUGAGAGAUUUGAAAGACUUGUGCGACGGUGUGGCGUUAGCAGCGCUUAUUUCAUAUUAUUGUCCUGACGAGUUAUCAUGGACUGAUAUUAGGAUAUCUCGCGUUCCAUCCGUUCAGGACAGUAUAUACAAUCUUCAGUUACUACAAGAUUUCUGCAGUAGAUGUUUGCCUUCAUCCAUCUUCCAUUUAAUGCCGGAAGAUAUAACGUAUAUGCGAGAAACGAUGAAACAAAAUCUUUUAGUAUUUCUCGCCGAUCUUUUCAAUGUGAUGGAAAUCAACCCUGCCAAAUGUGUGCGUUAUCCUGGUAUGGAAAAAAUCAGUAGCGAGGGUUUGCCCACGAUCAAUCUUCACGGCGUGACGCAUAAACGCAAUCUACUGCAGACGGUAAUGGCUCCCAUUCCGGAUCUGCGUAGUGGCAUCGAUGAACCCGCAGAUCCUACCGCCUUCCAAGUGCAAAGAGCGACACCUACACAUCAGACACUCAAAAAAGCGAACUCCCUUCAACAUAGUGUAUCUGAUAUGACUGAAGAUAGCUUGCGACUGGGAUCCGAAGAUUCUUUUGUAGUACACAAGAGUAAGAAUAUACCAACUCUGAGGUCUAUUGUCCAAGAAGAACCUCUUGUCCCUGCUCGCCUAAAGGCUAACAAGGAGAAACAGAACAACACUAGCAAAGCGGACGAACGGGGAGAAGUUGCUGCAGGACGACCUAGUAAUUGGGAAGAAAAUAGGAAAAGCACUUACGCAGGUCGGAGGAGUAGAAGAAACUCUACAUCCGAAGACUCUCAGUUGACAAUAGAAAACUUUGGAGGUAGUCAGGAUAAUUUGAAUUUUAUUGGAAAAAAUCCCAGUAAAGAGGUGGCAGUUCAUAUAGGAAGAAAAAUAUCCGCCCCUGCUUUUCCAACGCCUAUAGACAACCCACCAGUGAGAUCAUUGUAUCAGGAUACAAAGGGUUCAAUACAAUUAGGUUACGAAAAUGGUUGUGACGAAAAACAAGACAACGGUUCAGAGAAGUAUAAGCUAAAAAGACAACUCAGUAGUGAUGACAUAGCAUUCAGAAAUAUCAGCUCAAAUAUCAAUAAAGAAACUAUUAUAAGGGAUUUAGUCGAUGGUGAAAUAACAAAAAGAAUGAGUUUCGCAGAACUUGGCAAGCAAAAAAUUGUGGGAGAGAAUAGGGGAAUCCAAUUAGUAUAUAUGAAUGAUAAAGAAGAAUACCCGCACAAGUCUAGUUUUUUGUCGAAAUUGAGUAAUAAUAAUACUAGCGAGAAAAAGGCCAAAUUUGCUACUCUCCCAAACACCACCACUUGGCAACAACAAAGCACACAAAAUCAACAAAUAAGUGAUUCCAAUGGAGAGGAGCAAUCAUCGAACGUCAUGGCUGUUCAACUUAAUGAUAUCCGAUUAAAGCUUGAAGAAAAACGGAGACAUAUCGAAAGUGAGAAAAGGAGAAUGGAAGUAGCUAUGAACAAACAACGACAGAAAGUGGGAAAAGCCGCAUUUCUUCAAGCUGUUGCUAAGGGAAGAGGUAAUUUACUUAAAUCAUGUGAUACCGAGUCUAAUAACUCGGCUGAGAGCUCAGAAAUACAGAGCCCUUCAUCUGAAUCCAGUUCUCCUACACCAAAUCCUCCGAGGCCCCUACAGGAAAUUAAUGAGGAUACCAGCAAAAGUGAGAGACCGUGGCCAGAAGAAGUACAAACCUUAGCAGAAACCAGAACUCCCGAUUUGGAGAACGUCGACUUGGACCAUUAUCAACAGUCCAUUGCUCAAAUGAAUUCUAGUCUACACGAUAUACAGUCAGAUAUGCAAAGAUUAGCUUCACAACAAAACCAGUUGCAACAACAAAACAUAAUUGCUCAACAGCAGAAGCAGAUUCAAGCUCUCCAACAGCAACACCAGUACCAGAGUGUACAAUCUCAACA